AUGUCGCGUUCUCGUUCUCGUUCUCGAUCUCGCUCCACAUCCCGAUCGAAGUCUCCUGCCAAGCCCUCUUUAGCUGCUCCUAAACGGCCCCGAUCCAUCAGUAAUAAGCGCCCCAGCAAAGCUCAGAAAAGAAAGCGCUCUGUUUCACCAAAGAAGAGCACCUCUCGCGGCCGAUCCUCGAGCAAGCCUAAACCAGCAAAGAGGGCAAAGUCAGCCAAGAAAUCAAAGCCAAAGAAGGCGAAGAAACCAGCUAAGAGGUCCCCCCAAAAGACAGCAAAGAAAUCAGCAAAGAAGUCCCCCAAAAAGACAGCAAAGAAGGCUGCAAAGAAACCCAUGAAAAAAGCUGCCAAAGGAAAGUCUAAGGCGAAAUCAGCUAAAAAAGCCAAGUAA